GUAGACGGCACUGAGGCCCAGGUGGAGGUGGUAGCCGGGCCCCAUUCUCUGUUGGUCCUGUCGUCUGUCAGUGGAGCUCAGUCAGCAGACAGUCGGUCCGUCCGGUCAGCUGGUCCCGUCCAAUCGUGUUAAAAGCUACCCGAUGGUAAGCCGAAGGCGAAACACCCGAUAGAACCCGGGUCAAUCGAGCCUCGAUCGUCAAGGAUCGUUGAAAGAAAACGGCGGCCCGCGCGCCGCAUGUGCGCGAGUGUAAAAACUUCUCCACCGGAAACACCAACGACACGGUGCGAGGUGCCAACUAAAUCGAACGGCAGAGGAACACGGAGUGGCGGAGGGAAACGAAGGAAGAGGAUAGAAACGCGACGGGGACGGUGUACACCUGGUCAGGCAGGAAAUGACUAUAUCGUACGCGAGCGAAGUGCCAAAUGGCUCCAGCUUCGGCUGCUUCUGGAGGAUCUUGGUCAAAUGGAGGGGAUCCGUUUACAAGCUAAUCUGGCGAGAAUUGUUGGCCUACCUGUUCGUCUACUACGUCAUCAAUUUCACGUAUCGAUAUGCGUUGAACGAGCAGCAGCGGGUAAUCUUCGAAAAGAUCCGAUACUACUUCGGCAAUUCUAGCGAAUCGAUACCGAUGUCGUUCGUCUUGGGAUUUUACGUGAGCCUGGUGGUGAAGCGGUGGUGGGAACAGUACAAGCUACUACCCUGGCCCGACAACUUGGCCCUUUUCAUCAGCGCGGCUAUUCCUGGUAACGACGAAAGAGGCAGACUGAUGAGGAGAAACAUCGUGAGGUACGCGGUACUCGCGUACGUCAUUACGCUGCAAAGGAUUUCGUUGCGCGUUAAGAGACGAUUCCCCACGCUUCAGCACAUCGUAGAUGUUGGUCUGAUGAUGGAAUCCGAGAAGAAGAUCUUCGAAAUGAUGAACAAGAAGGCCGCGAUGUCCAAGUAUUGGAUGCCGCUCGUCUGGGCGACCAAUAUCAUAAACAGGGCGAGGAGGGAAGCCUUGAUAACCAGCGACCAAGUAGUGCAAACCCUUCUAGUCGAGUUGAGCGACAUCCGGAAGAGGCUUGGCGCGCUCAUCGGUUACGACACCGUUUGCGUCCCUCUCGUCUACACGCAGGUGGUCACGCUAUCGUUGUACGCGUAUUUCUUCUCCGCCUUGCUCGGCAGACAAUUUAUCGAGCGAACUGACGUCGGAGGCGGCAAAUACGAGGAACCUGACAUGUAUUUCCCAUUUUUCACGGCUUUGCAGUUCUGCUUUUACGUGGGAUGGUUGAAAGUCGCCGAGGUAUUGAUCAAUCCUUUCGGCGAGGACGACGAUGAUAUCGAGCUAAACUGGCUGAUAGAUCGCCACAUCAAGGCCGGGUACAUGAUCGUGGACGAAAUGCACGAGGAGCAUCCGGAACUGUUGAAAGAUCAAUAUUGGGACGAGGUGGUGCCCAAAGAUCUACCGUACACGGUGGCGAGCGAGCAGUAUCGAAGGGAGGAGCCAAAGGGUUCCGCGGAGCAUUACAAGGUGAAAGACAGCGAUGCACUGUACGCGAACGUGAUGCUGGGCACACAGAUUCACAAUCACGUUCAGCAUCGCAAGACCCACCAGGACGACAUGUACGCCGAUUACGAGAGCGUCGAUACACCGUUGGUCGAGCGAAGGAAAAAUUGGCUGCAAAGACAAAUCACCAGGAUGGGCUCCGUUCGCAGCUCCUCGACCACGUACAGCAGCGGCGGUGGUUUCUUCUCUAGAAAUCGUCACAACAGCGUUUACAGCAGCCCCGAAACCGGGGGUUUACCCCAGACCAACAAUCCAAAUCUCAAGAUGUCGUUGUACGAUCGGCUGGUAGGGAGGAAAAGCAUUCGAAGUCAAAGAAUGGGUCGACAAGGUACGAUGACGAAGCUGAACACGGUGCCGGUCUCGCUGAAGAACCGACCCCGCAUACCGACGCCGGACGUGACGAAGGAGGUGGUGGAUCGGGAGCAGAGAUUGGCGCUGUCGGCGACCAACGCGGCCAACAUCGGAGCGGGCGUGGUCGGGGUGAUACCGGCCAACGGUCAUUACCCGACCGAUCUGCCCGUGGUCCAGGUGGUGCUCUCCCCCAUACAAGAGGCGGAGGGGACCCCGGUCACGGGGAAGUCGGGUGCGGCGGCGCUGGCGCAGGCGGUGCUCUCCCCGACGUUGACGAGCGCCGGCCUCGUCGCCCCCGUCACCCUCACCCCGGUCACCAUGUCCCAACUGACGCAACUGGGCCUGGUCACCACCACGUCCGCGUCCAUGAUCAAGUCGACGAACCAAGCCAACGCGCCGUCCCACCAGGCCACCCUGACCGAGGUGAACAGCAGCGAGGAGGAGGGGUCGGGGAGCGGGAGCAGCAGGAGCGGCAGCAUCACCGGCCACGAGGAACGGUGCACGCCGUUGAUGAGCCAAGACAGAAGCACGCCCCUGAUCGGGGAGAGCGGGAGCCAGGCGGGCAGCAACGGCAGCUCGCCAACCUUCGACGGUUACAACGACCGCUCCCCCAUCCUGAUGAACCCGGAGAAGCUGAGCUACGUGGUGGCGACCGCGCAAGACGCGGCCAAGGUGGACCCGCGUGGCAGGCGAUCCGCCUCGUUGCCGGGCCCGCCCCUGGUCCAGUGCAGGGAGGACAGGAGCAUGUCGCUGCCGCAGUCGCCGGGCCUUCAGCCGAGGGAGAACCGGGCCGCCUCGGUUUCGAGCGGCCACGUCGAGCCGCCCAACGUGGUGGACGGCCUGGUGGCGCGCGCCCUCCUCCCGAGGGGGGCCGAGGCCAGGCCGAGGACCAACAGCAUCGGGCACGAUCCGUGCAGACCGUCGCCGGGCCAUCGGCAGGCGAUCGGGCAGGACGCCUCGAGGAAGAUCAGCAGCGUGUCGUGUACGAACGCGUCCCUCUCGGGUGGGUUGGCGACGAGCGCGGCGGCGACCACCGUGAUAUCGGCCACGCCCCCGGUUUCGAACAGUAAAAGGGGAGAGGUGUACGUGUGAUCCGCGAUCUACGAUUCUACGAACAGAUCGACGGAUUCGGACAAAUUCCGCGCCGUUCCGAAUCGAGCGCGGCUCCCUCGCGCUUCGCCCGAAAUCCGACUCCGUCCGCUCAUCGCUCGCCGCGUUUCCUCUCUCGCUCGGACAGAGUAGCGAAUAAUUUCCCUCUCUCUCUCUCUCUCUCUCAUGCUCGAUCGAGGUUCCGAGCGAUCCUCUCGCUCGCCUGUAAAUACGAUCUUAAUUUAUAAACGGUCUCGAUUCGUACCGCAAUAUAUAUAUAUAUAUAUUCACAUAUAUAUAUAUACAUAUAUAUAAUUAAUCUCGACCUUGACUCGUCCCGCCAUGCGUUCGCGCCGCGUUUAAUCGUUCCACGUCGAUCGUCCACAUCUUAUGUAUCUCGCGUCGCAUCGACGUCGUAACGGGAUCGAAUUCGUUCGUUUCCACGUUUAUUGUCACGCGGAAAUCGCGCGAGUAUUUCUCCCUUCUUUAUCGUAUUUAUGUAUGUGCAAUAACGAGCGGUAACGAGCGUAAUCUACGAAAAACCGCGUCGUUUCUCGAGUUUUUAGAUUAGAAGCUAUCACCGUACACGCGAUGCACGGGUGAAAAGAAUAGAUACGUUCGAGUACGUCGCGCACACACACACACACACACACGCCUCGCGAUAUGCAAAACACCGUGCAAACCAUCGUGAUGAUACGACGACGACGAUCGGCCAGCGUAUCGGCUUCAUCUUCCACUUUCCUGCGCGAGUACGAGCAGCGCGUAGCGAGAAAGUCUCUGAAAGUGGGAUCGCGAAGCUUGAGAAUGGCCGAUCCGUUUCGAGACGAAACCCGAGCCGUCGUCGUUUUUUUCUUUUCGCCACGGUUUUCGUCGAAUCGUCGAAUUCUUUUUGUGUUGUUCUUCUCUCUCUCUCUCUUUCUCUCUCUCUCUCUGUCUCUCUGUCUUCUGCACCGAAUUUAUAUUUACAUUCGACAACGCGAGUCGACCGAGUAUCGAAUUUGUCCGCGAUGAUCAGGCAGAGGAAACGCGUCGAGUUCGGCUCUAUUGCGAGCUGGAAAAUGACGAAUGCAUAUAUAUAUAUAUAUAUAUCGCGUGUGCACGAAUAUACCGCAAACGUUUGCCAUAUUUGCCAUACUCGGAGACACUUUGCGCGAGAUAAUUGCGAGCGAGCAAUGCCGAGAUCUCGAUUCUUCCAAGUGGCUCGAGUUGCGCAACGAUUUCCUCUUCUUACUUCGAUUCGCCACGAGAUCUUCACCAUUAUUAUUAUUAUUAUUAUUAUUAUUAUUAUUAUUAUUAUU